GAACAGUGCUAUACAUGAGAUCAUGGUUAUGGGAUCUAUGAAAUCAACGUACAUGGAAUAUUCUCCCUAGGCCAUUCAAUUAGAUUCAUACAGCGCAGCUGAGAAUCCGAGCGUUCCUGCGCUAGCCUCAUUGCAAGGCACCCACUGUCCUGCACCCACAAUCAACGCCCAAAAAAUGGGUGCCGACUGACCCCGAGCCCGCGGAAGGGGCCUUACGCGGCGGAAAAGGCGGCGGAACUUUCGGCGAGAAGCGAGCGAUCGAUCAGACCCGUUGUCUCGGGACACAAUAGCGUGGGAAACAUGCCCUCUCAGGCUUUUCUCGAAUCGUGAUCCCUGCUUCGUGAUGAUGUCCGGAGCAACACGCGCCUUGCCCUUGUCUUUAGGCUUUCUUUGUUCUCGUCCUCGCUGGUAUACCCUCAUCCUCUGCCGACUCGCGUCUCGGGACUAGCAUCGUGCUUUCGGGUAGACACCAGCGAUAUGCCGCCUGUGCGCCUGCGAGAGCCGAGGUUGCUGUAUUCUUCGUUCUCGGCCGAUGAAGGGAAGAAAGUCGGGGUUUUGGAGGAUGCUGAUGAGGUUGCUGUUGGGACCGAGGCCGACGCAGACGACGCAGACGACAUGCCCCCACUCGUCGACGCGCCUGCCCUCCCUGACGCCGACUGGUCGCAUGUGGCGGCCCAAGAAUCGAUGAUGUCGUCCAUCGAUUUUAGCAGCGUCACCUUCGCCAACCGGACACACGGCCCAUUUGCUUCUACCUCCGCAGCCGUUUCCACAUCCCUCAAUGGUUUGGACGACGGUCUUGUCGACCAGAUCGACUUCGACACAGAUUUGCCGCCCGUGAGCAAGGCCGCGGAGCGGCGUGCACCAUCGUACAUCCCCCGUCCACCCAACGCGUUUAUCCUCUUCCGGUCGCAUUUCAUCCGGACCCAGAGUGUGCCCGAGCGUGUGGAGGGGAACCACAGCGUGCUCAGCAAGAUCGUCGGCAAGUAUUGGAAAGCGCUACAGCCCGAAGAGCGGGCGCAGUGGGAGGACAGGGCACGUGCAGCCCAGGCCGAGCAUCGGCGGCGGUAUCCCGAUUGGCGGUUCCGACCCGGAAACGUCAGCAAGAGCACAACAUUCGUCAUGAAUACUGGGCAGCCUCGUGGCCGGCGGAAAGGCCGUAUCAAGGACGACGGGGGUGGAGAACCACCCCCACCUCCAGCGAAUACUGCUUCAGAUGAGGCUGCGGACGAGGAUACCCUCGCGCCAAAUGACGUAGCGGUGACGCUAGCGAAUGAUGAGCUAGAAGAGCGAGGACGCUCGAAGAAACGACGUGCUACGACCUCCGCCUCAGCCUCACCGACCGUCGUGCGACCAACAACAGGACCUAUCACGCGAUCUGGACGCACACGAGCGACAACUGUUACAAUCACACCUCCCACAGUCAAGUCUCCCAAAAGCAAGAGCCGUGUAGCCGUAGUGAAGGGCAAGGGCAAGGGCAAGGCACGUGCCCUGAGUCAGGAUGCGGCAGUAAAGACCCAGGAGGCCAGCGAGACUAAAGAAGAAAAAGACAAGAGAGAUCGAGACAAUGCUCGAUGCGAGAAGAUCGCCAAUCUGCUAGUCGAGGGCAAGUCUGGGCCGGCGUUGGCAGCUGCUGUCGCUGCCUGGGAUGCAGAUCAGAGCCGUGUCGAUCUUGAGCAGCAUCAUAAGCGCCGGCGCUCAUCUUCGGCUGAAGGUCUAGUUGCUGUUCCCAAGCUGAUCAGGCGUCCAUCUUCCGGUGCAUCGUCUGCCGAAGAGGAUUUCCACAUCACAACUCCGACGUACGACGAGUCGAAGUCGACCUUCUCGCCCUGGGGCCCGCCGUCGUCGCAUAUCCACAGCAGAUGUCUCCGACGUCACCGUACAACCCCGUCCUCCCGUUCCUUCCGCAUCAGUCCCCUGUGCCGGCUCAGGUUCAAGCCUAUGCGCAACGAGCUUCCCCCCAGAUGUCCCGCUGACUCAAAUGUUCAAACGCUCCGAGUGCUCCGUGCCGCGGUUCGGGCAUCGUGCCCCGAUGGCCAUACGCAGCACACCGCUGGUCUAAGCGUCCCGAGCGUGGACCCAUGAUCACGCCAGCGACCCAACGUGGCCCAGACCCAGUGUACACUCAGGAGCAGCAGCAGCCUUGGGCGCCAGGCCACACGCGCCGGGACACUAUUUCGCUGCCCGUCAUGCAGCAGGAGUACUUCCAGUCGUUGCCCGUCAGCGUUUCCGAAUAUCGUCCGCCGGGCACGCCAGUUACCCGGAUCCUACACACGUGCCUGUACAUCCGGGUCCCGGUCCGAAUGUGCGAUAUCGCGAGACGGCGACGUCAAGUGCAUGGUGGUGCAUCGGGGCGCGAGGACACAUGACAUUGAGACGGACUACUCGCCUGCGGAGGAGAACGGAUGGGGCGAUCGAGGAUUGGGGUCGUUCUCUCAAGCUGGGCGUCAGGCAACGCCUUCGCCGACGAUGUCAACCCAUGCCUCUCCGCUGCAAGUAAAGAUGGACAUCCCAGCGCAGUUCUCUAUCUCCAACUUCUCUUCUCUAUCUGGCUGGGCUGCCCACAUCAGGACCAGCACCGCUCCGGGCAGCUGCUCCUGCCUCCAGCUGGAAUGCAUUCAGCGGAUACGUCUUUCCUCCAAGGACGCCUCUGCAUCCUCACAACCGAUGAUUAUCAUACGGGAUCAGACGGGGGCACCACUAGCUGCUCUCGUCUUUUCUUUUGACGACUGACUGACUUUACGACCUUUUCACGAUCAUAGACACUGUAACUGGAACUUCUCGUUUCUCAUCCUACAUCCUCUGAAUUUUCGACUUAUCACACCCACUGGAACCAUCCUUCGACUUAUACUGUACAUAUCUUAUGUAGCUGCGUGUCCCCAAGUCGCUGUAUCUAUUCUCCUGUUUGUAUUCUUUUCCCGCUCAUUCACGUAUAACUCGAUCGAUCUUAUUCAAUUACAUAUCAGAAUGAUAAAACUAGGCUCUGAAUUUAUGGCUUUCCGCCAUCAUAUAUCGAA